AUGACGCGAAAAUUUCGAACACUUCCUCAGAGUUCCUUUGGCAGCCCAGGAGGAUUCCUCCGACAGACACAUGUUGUGGGGUUGGGGUUUGACAGCACUAUUGACGACUACAAGGUCGUCAGAAUUUUUGAAUCCUCCCUUUAUGAUUUUCGAGCUGAGAUAUACAACUUGAGUACUGAUUCUUGGAGACAAGUGGAUGCCAUUCUGCCACCAGUUAUACUUCGCGAUUGUUUCGACCUACUUUUCAACGGAUUUUUCCAUUGGAGCGCAGGCCCGGAAUCUAGCCCGCAUAUUCUUUCGUUUGAGAUGGGAGCUGAGGUAUUCAAAGAGAUCAAGUAUCCUAAUGGCUGGCUAGGAGAACAAGCAGAACCGCGAUCGGUGGAGCACAGUCUUGUUGUUUUAGAUGAUUCCAUGGCGUUGAUUUUAUUUUCAAGAGGCAGAUUGUUAGAUAGUGAAUUGUAUGACAAAUCAGAACAGUACAUUGAGAUAUGGGCAAUGAUGGAAUACGGUGUUGAGGAGUCUUGGGUAAAGAAGUUUUUCUUGGGACCUUUUUCAGGAAUCCAGUGCGUAUUAUCUUUUUGGAGCAAUGACAAACUCCUUGCAGAUUGUUGCAAGCAGUUGGUUUCAUUUGGUAUCCAAAAUGAUUCCAAGUUGAAGAAAUAUGAUAUUAAAGGAUUUUACCUACAACUCGUAAUUCUAAAGGAAAGUUUGGUUUCUCUCUAUUGA